UCCAAUGCCAAUCCUGGUAGUUCGUUGGAGAAAGUGCGAGCGAAACAGCUGGUGGAGGAACUGAAAAGGAUGAGAAAUGCAAAGGAGAGGGACCUGGAAGCUGCAACUGCAAUGGUGAUUUCCCCUGCAGCGACGAAUACGAGCACUGGUAACAAUACAAUUAAGGGUCGAUCGGGCCAGCCUGUCAAUAAGAGAUUAGAGCGUGCCCAAGCUGCUGUCGUGAAGCUAGAAGCAAAGCUGCCACCAACUGAAUACAUUCAGGACUUGGACCCAUUCAAACCCAGCCGCUUUACUAAAUUUCUUCAAACCGCCUCUCUUUCACUAGAAACACUUAGAAAUGGAUCAAUACCCCAGGAAGCAACCGGCAAUGCCCUAUGGACAGACGACCAUGGGUACCUACUGGCGCAUCAGAAACGGCAGACACUUGAUUGGUCCUCGCGUUCGUCCAGGGACACAUUUUUCAGUUGCUCCCUACCAUGUUUUCGCCUACCCGUAUUUCCAGGUUACGACCUAACAAUCAAAGCCUCGCCAAAACUUGUGCAACAAUUACGAAAACAGACGUCCUGCUCAAUCUCAAAGGCCAUUCAAGCCCUUUCAUCUACCGGAAAUGAUUAUGACAAGGCCAUAGACUGGUUACAGAAGGACUUGGAAGCGACUGGUCAAAAGGUCGUAAACAAGCUGUCUGGCAGAAUAGCAGGCAAUGGGUUGAUUGGCAUAUCUCCAUUAUCAAACGGAGGAGUAGAUAGAGUUGGAAAUGUUGGGAUCCCUCUGAGGAUAGGCAUGGUCGAAGUCAAUUGCGAAACCGACUUCGUAGCCAGGAGUGAAGUAUUUGAAAAGCUAUGCAGAGAUCUCGCAUGGUCAAUCGGAUUUUAUGCCGAAGAUUCUGCUUCCUCAAGAAAAUACGCUCAAAAUAUCGAUGUCAACUCGAUUUUGGAGGCACCGAUGCUCUCUGAACCGGCAAUUGAAGAAACCAAUAGCUCCUCCUCCAACUCGACAUCGAUAAGUGGUGCCAUAACAAAUGCCAUGACUCGAGUUGGCGAAAAGAUUACGCUCAGGCGAGCAGCGUGUAUAUCUGCCCAGCCACUUCUAUUGGAAUCGAAAUUAGCCCUUUCCGCCGGAAUGUACACCCAUAACUCGACGACACCAAAAGGUGCAAGAGGAAUGACUGGAACAGUAGGAGGCUCUAUCCUUUUACAACUCAGGGCAAAUAAUUUGAGGCGGUUACUGCUGCCAGAAGGCGACG